AUGACUAAGGUGACAAAUUUCAGGGCUGUAGAGGUUCCUCAUCCAAUGUAUGCUGCCCUCAAUCUCACCGGAGACAAUUACCUUCAAUGGGCACUUGACAUCAAGAUCAUCUUGAAAUCCAAAAACCUUGGUGCUUGUACCACUGAUGGCAAUGAGUCAUCUGAGAAGGAUAGAUACAGUGCGAUCUUAAUCAUACGCCAUCACCUUGCUGAAAGUCUCAAAGACCAAUACCUCACUGUUGAGAAUCCUCUCGAACUUUGGACAGAACUGAAAUCCAGAUAUGAUCACCAGAGGACGGUGCUCUUACCAAAGGCCCUAUAUCAUUGGAGGAACCUAAGGAUCCAAGACUUUAAGUCUGUGGAUGAGUAUAACUCGGCUCUAUUCAAGAUAGUCUCAAAGUUGAAACUGUGUGGAGAGACUAUCACUGAUGCUGACAUGUUAGAGAAGACAUUCUCUACAUUCCACACAAGCAAUGUUUUGCUUCAGUAA